AUGCCACCAGACCGGGGUCGCGCCUCUCGAGCGUGCGCAUCAUGCAGGAAGCAGAAGACACGCUGCUACGAGCCAGGUACCCCUGGACGGGCCUGUUUGCGAUGCGAGAGACUACGGCAAAGUUGUUCACUAGUAAAACAAACUGAUAGCCCAGAGGAAGAACAGCAGCAGCACGCCUCUGCUUCUACGUUUGGCACUGAUGCUCGCCUGGAGCGACUCGAGAGAACAGUGGCCACUUUACUUGAUCGACUGGGAGAGGGCCCAUCGAGUGCGGAGCAUGAAUUAAGCAGGCCUAGCAGCGCGUUGACAACACCGGACCCUGGCGAUCCAACCUACCAGGAUGCGGAGAGCUCCGCAGCUCCAAUCAUGGUCAUCCGUGAUCUGGCCAAUGACACCAGACCUGAACCAUCCCCAGAAACCAAGUCCUUGGGGACGGUGCUGGACGAUCUCAUCACGCCAGAUCUUGCGUUGACUCUGCUCUCAAUAUUUCUCGAGCAUUAUGGUCGUUGGAUUAUUUUUGAUCCCGAGAGCGACCCUGUCGCGUUGUUGCCCCGCGUGCGGAGAUCGCCGAUUCUAUUCUGCGCAUGCUGCUUGAUUGCGAUACGGCAUACGUCGGAUGAGCUGGCAGCGAUUUUAGCUCCUAAGCUCUAUGAAUGCGCUCGCUCUCUCGUGUCAAGUAUGCUCUUGACAACUCCGCAAUCUGUCGAUUUUUUCCAAGCAGCUCUUAUUCUAUGCAUGUGGUCAACUACCGUGGGGCAGGUCCCCUUGAGCAUCGACAGUUGGCUUCUCAGUGGGUUCGCAUUGCAACACUCACAAUCUAGCCCGAUAUUCGCCACGAUAACGAGCCGAUCUCAUCGAUACACAAAACUGGACGAAAUAACAUUGGAUCACAUUUGCUUGUGGAAUCACCUGUGUCUUGCACACUUACACUAUUGUGUUGGAACCAGUCGAAGGUCUAUGUUACAGGCUUGGCAGAUCGAACGCUGCGAGGCUAUCAUUGGCUCUGACCAUGCUAUCAACUUCGAAGUGCGGAUGGUCGCCGAGAUUCAACUAUAUUGGACAGUCUAUGGAUUUUUAAUUUCAGAAUGUGUUGAUCUUCACAAAUCCACAACGGCUUUGAAGACGUGGAAAAGAAAGUGGAGACGAAUUUUGGAGCAACCACGCUCUCAGUUCCUCAUGAUGGGAUUCCAUUUCUCCAACCUACUCCUGAACGAACAAGGUCUGAAGGCAAAGAGCGUCCACGCUGUCGAGACCCGGGACUAUCUUGUUUCAGAAAUGAUCCACCAUUCCACUGCAAUUGUGCACAUAGCAAUGGACACUGUAGACGAGCGAACCCGUCACUUAAGUGACCAUAUCUACCACAUGAUCACAUUCGCUGGGAUUAUCAUCUGUCGCCUAUUGAACAACUACGAAGCCCAGCUCAGUCUGACGCACAAUACAGCAGAGCUUGACUCCCUAAUUCAGAGCCUCGUACAAUGGCUCCAUACUAUUGGAUUGCCAUGUCACGCGGCACAUACAUUGGGCAAUAUCAUAGCCAAGGUACAUCGGAGGCUACGACAUCGUCUGGAAGCAGUACCAGUCACUGCACCAACGGAUGACUUUCCACCUGAAGAAAGUUUUACGAAUUACUACUUUCCUGAGUUCUUGGGUCUAGGAACUUCUGCGGAUGGAAAUUGGGAUUUGUUGUCGGAUCUGAGUUUCUUGCCACAGGGAUCGUCUGGCUGA